CCAACUCCUUGGGAUCGAUCAUAACGCAAAUCCGCGCGAGGAUUUGAGCACGUACGGCAGGCGGCGGUGCAGUCGGCAAGAUGACCGUGCCAAACCGAACCAGCUGAAAAGAUGGGAAGCAAUUUCGAAGGAUUUCGUAUGUUUGUUGCCUCCUCCUGCUGGCUGUCUCUGCUGGACUCGUAUACGCUCUCGCGGGCAGGGAUGGACUCAAUCUUUAUAUUGAGUGAGUCGGAAUCUCCGAGUCCCCUCAGGUCGAUUUCCGGUGGUCAAGAAUGUGAGCUGCUGCUUCAGCACGUUGGUCCUGAGGAAGGAAGCUGUACGUGCGCUUUACAUUAGUAGGUCUGCGGGGUACUGAGGUUGAUGUUUCCUUCGCAUUUCUUUCCUC